GAAAAGUUUCAGGUGGUCAGUUUCAUUCUCCGUGUGCAGAAAGCAAUCCAAGCUGAACCAUGUCUGCUCAGAUCAUCAGUGGAAAGGAAGUCUCAGCUCAGGUGCGCGAGAGGCUAAAAAAGGAGGUGGAAGCAAUGAAGGCUCAAGACCCAAACUUUAGACCAGGCUUGGUGGUAUUACAGGUGGGAAACAGAGACGACUCCAACCUGUACAUCAGUAUGAAGGUGAAAGCUGCUGCUGAGAUUGGGAUCAAUGCCACUCACAUGAGACUUCCACAGACAGCUACUGAAAAUGAGGUUCUACAGUCCAUUACAGCUGUGAAUGAAGAUUCCAGUGUGCACGGACUCAUAGUGCAGCUGCCUUUGGACUCCAUUCACCGCAUAGACACAGAGAAGGUCACCAACGCUGUAGCUCCAGAGAAAGAUGUAGACGGUUUGACUAGCAUAAAUGCAGGAAAGCUGGCUCGUGGAGAUCUGGGGGACUGUUUCAUUCCCUGCACUCCCAACGGCUGUAUGGAGCUCAUCAAACAGACAGGAGUGUCUGUGGCGGGAAAACGAGCCGUUGUGGUUGGACGCAGUAAGAUCGUAGGUGCUCCCAUGCAUGAUCUUCUACUCUGGAAUCAUGCAACUGUUACCACCUGCCACUCAAAAACCGCUGACCUGCCAGCCGAGGUGGGACUGGCAGAUAUCUUGGUGACUGGUAUUGGAAAGCCAGAGAUGGUGAAGGGCGAGUGGUUGAAGAAGGGUGCUAUCGUCAUUGACUGUGGAAUCAACCAUGUUCCAGACAGCACCAAGUCGAGUGGGAAGCGGGUGGUGGGUGAUGUUCACUUUGCCACUGCAAAGGAACAAGCAGCCUUCAUCACACCGGUGCCGGGUGGAGUCGGACCCAUGACUGUAGCCAUGCUCAUGCAGAACACCGUGCUGAGUGCAAAGCGCUUUCUUCAAGCACAUGAACCAGGCAAAUGGAACAUCUCCUACAACCAGCUCAACUUGCAGAGACCCGUACCAAGUGAUAUCGUCAUUUCCCGUUCUUGUUUGCCAAAACCCAUUGACCGUUUGGCCAGUGAGAUCGGACUUCUCACAGAUGAAGUUGAGCUCUAUGGCAAGACCAAGGCCAAAGUGCAGCUGGAAACUAUUGAUCGAAUUCGCUCCCAGCCUGAUGGCAAAUACGUGGUUGUUACUGGAAUCACUCCUACACCUCUUGGUGAGGGGAAGAGCACCACUACGAUAGGAUUGGUGCAGGCGCUUGGUGCUCACCUCAAAUGCAACGUGUUCGCCUGUGUGCGCCAGCCGUCUCAAGGACCUACGUUCGGCAUAAAAGGUGGCGCUGCUGGAGGUGGAUAUUCUCAAGUUAUUCCCAUGGAAGAGUUUAAUCUUCACCUCACUGGUGACAUCCAUGCCAUAACUGCUGCAAACAACUUGGUCGCUGCUGCUAUUGAUGCCCGUAUGUUCCAUGAGGCCACUCAGACUGAUAAGGCUCUUUAUAACCGACUAGUGCCGCUGAAUGAAGGGCAGAGAAAGUUUUCACCUGUGCAGAUCAACAGACUAAAAAAACUGGGCAUUGAGAAGACCGAUCCAUCUGAGAUGACUGAAGAGGACAUCAGUCGCUUUGUGAGACUUGACAUUAAUCCUGAUAGCAUCACCUGGCAAAGAGUGUUGGAUACAAAUGAUCGUUUCCUGCGAAAGAUCACUAUUGGCCAAUCUCCAACCGAAAAGAAUCAUACCAGAACGGCUCAAUUUGACAUCACAGUGGCCAGUGAGAUCAUGGCAGUGUUGGCUCUCACCAGCAGUCUGGAGGACAUGAGGCAGAGGCUGGCUAAAAUGGUGGUGGCAACUAGUCGCAGUGGCGAACCUAUCACCACAGAGGACCUGGGAGUGUGUGGAGCUCUGACUGUACUAAUGAAAGAUGCCAUCAAGCCCAACCUUAUGCAAACAUUAGAGGGAAACCCUGUGUUUGUUCAUGCCGGCCCAUUUGCUAACAUUGCCCAUGGAAAUUCGUCUAUCCUGGCUGAUAAAAUUGCUUUGAAGCUGGUGGGACCCAACGGAUUUGUAGUGACUGAGGCAGGCUUUGGCGCCGACAUCGGCAUGGAGAAAUUUUUCAACAUCAAGUGCCGUUACUCUGGGCUCAGGCCUCACGUAGUGGUGCUGGUGGCCACAGUGAGGGCACUAAAGAUGCACGGUGGAGGACCGACAGUCACAGCUGGUAUGCCUCUACCGAAGGAAUACACUGAGGAGAACCUGGAGCUCCUGGAGAAAGGCUGCAGUAACCUAAGGAAGCAGAUUGAGAAUGCCAAGCACUUUGGUGUCCCGGUUGUAGUAGCAGUUAAUGCUUUCAAGACGGACACUGAUGCUGAAAUGCAGCUGAUCUGUAAACUGGCUAAAGAGGCAGGAGCUUUUGAUGCAGUGCCCUGCACUCACUGGGCAGAUGGGGGUGCCGGAGCAGCUGAGCUGGGUAAAGCUGUACAGAAAGCUGCAGAGGCACCUAACAAUUUCAGCUUCCUGUACGACACUCAGCUACCCAUUGUUGACAAGAUCAGAAUCAUUGCUCAGAAGAUUUACGGAGCAGAUGAUGUGGAGCUCCUACCAGAAGCCCAGAAUAAAGUAGAGCUGUACACCAAACAGGGUUUUGCCAAUUUGCCCAUCUGUAUGGCAAAGACUCACCUGUCUCUCUCUCAUGAUGCUGAAAAGAAGGGUGUGCCUUCUGGCUUUACUGUACCCAUUCGUGACAUUCGUGCCAGUGUGGGUGCUGGCUUUCUCUACCCGCUGGUUGGCACGAUGCCGACAAUUCCAGGCCUACCAACACGCCCCUGCUUCUAUGACAUAGAUCUGGACCCAGUGACUGGAGAAGUGAUCGGGCUUUUUUAACAAAGACCCACUUUAAGCACUGAAAACACCUUCGAAUCUCACCAAGCAUGUUAAUGAAAGCAUCAUGGUGAUCUACAUCCAGUACUGAAGAUGCCUGAACCAUGGCUAAAUGAUGCUCAUCUCAGUUGGAUUAAAGACACUGCCAAGCUCAAAAAGAACUAUAAAUCCAGUCUGUUUUUACAUUUCUAUAAGAAUCAAAUCCACCCUGUAUUACUGAUUUGUACAGAAAAUUUUGGUACAUAAAACAAAUGUUUAAAAACCUAA